GACGAUCACCAUCAACAUGGGCCCUUCCGCCUCCGACGAGCACGUCCUCAUUCUGGAGAAUUUCGUGGAGGACAGCGACGUCAUCAACUCCGAGCUUGAAAAAGAGCUCCGCGAGGACGGCGACAUCCAGGCUGCGUCCGUCGCGCAGAUCACCGUCGGCCCGGUCUCCGGCGGCAGCUCCGAGGGCGGCGCGUCCUCGGGGGAGGAGAUCACCGUCGGCCCGGUCUCCGGCGGCAGCUCCGAGGGCGGCGCGACCUCGGGGGAGGAGAUCACCGUCGGCCCGGUCUCCGGCGGCAGCUCCGAGGGUGGCGCGACCUCGGGGGAGGAGAUCACCGUCGGCCCGGUCUCCGGCGGCAGCUCCGAGGGUGGCGCGUCCUCGGGGGAGGAGAUCACCGUCGGCCCCGUCUCCGGCGGCAGCUCCGAGGGUGGCGCGACCUCGGGGGAGGAGAUCACCGUCGGCCCCGUCUCCGGCGGCAGCUCCGAGGGUGGCGCGACCUCGGGGGAGGAGAUCACCGUCGGCGGGGUCUCCAACAGCAGCUCCGAGGGCGGCGCGACCUCGGGGGAGGAGAUCACCGUCGGCCCGGUCUCCGGCGGCAGCUCCGAGGGUGGCGCGACCUCGGGGGAAGCGGCCGCCGACGAGGCCGCCGCCGGAGAGACGACCGCGGCGCCGACUGCGAAGACGAGCGUGGAGCCCGCCGCCGAGCCGGGCGCCGACAACGAGGCCGCCGACGGGCCCUCCGCGGCGACGACGGCGCAGCCGGACGCCGAGCCGGUCGGCGAGCCGGCCACCGACGAGCUGGCCGGCGACGAGACGACCGCGGCGCCGACGGCGAAGCCGGCCGCGGAGCCCC